UAAAAAGCGGACAGAUGAAGUGUCAGCGACUGCCAAAAUAUUAUCAAAAUAUUGCGAAAAAACUCUAAUUUUGAAGUGUUGUUUUGUAACAAACAUUGUUUUCUUAUUUCUAGAUUUAUAUUAAAUCAUAAUAUCAAAUAAAAAUGUGACAGUGAUUGUUCUGAUGAGUCAACGGAUUUGUUUCCGAGAAUUCCAAGGAAAAGUCGUUUUUUUUAUUGAAAUGCUACUGGCGCAUAAACAGGAAUGUUUUUUAAAUAGUAAUUUGGCCCGAAGCUGAGUGAAACCCAAAAAAAAUGGUUCCGAUUCCAGCCGAGUACCUUCCCGAUUAUUGGGACCACUGCUCAGCCGAAUGUAACAUUGAUGUUACCUGCCUUUUGCCUAACGGAAUUUUAGUUCCUCUUAACGUCGGUUACAAUGCCACCUUCGCGGAAAUCAAAGAGGACCUGUGGGAGCAAGCCGCCAAGUUUCCUUUGUUCGGCAAACUCUACGACAUGUCCGUGUACAUUUUCACGUACAUCAACUCCAUGGCGGAGAGGGAAAAACUUAACGACGAAUCUAGAAGACUGUGUGACAUUCGACCUACAGGAGCUGUCCUUAUUAUUACGGAAUGUCGAGGGGAGAAAGCUGACGACAGUAUUAAUAUUUCUAUUGGCCAUUUAAUCGGAAAACGUAUGAACAAAAUCGAUUCACUAGUUUCAUUCGGUACAAUAAAAAGUGCAUAUUUUGUAGGUUUGCAAGAAUUUGAUGCGUUGAAUAGCUCCGAAAUAAACGACUUUAGGUUCAAAAUGCGAAGAAUGGGGGACGAAGUAGCCCAGUCACGACUGAAACAAACUUGGGUAGAACAAUUAAACUAUCAAUUUCCGCCUAGAAUCUCGCGUUGUAGCUUCGUUAUGAACGAAACUCUCAGUGAGAAAAGGAAUAUAAAUAUUGCCGUUAAAUUCGACCAUCAAUACGAUUACUACGAGGCGAGAAACGAAAAGGAACUGAUGCAGAGCUCUUACACGUUCAACGUUCCGCCAACGAUAAAACCCAAGAAGCUGUUGGAAUUGAUACUAGCUAAGAGAGCUAUAACGUUAAAAACGAGAAACGAACGGAUCAACGAAUACGUUUUGAAAGUGUGCGGCCAGGACGAGUUUCUAAUCGGGGACAAUCAAAUUUUCGAAUACCAAUACGUGCAAGAUUGCAUUUCUAAGGAUAUCACGCCGACGUUGAUCACUCUGCAUAUUGAGAGAGUUCCCGUAUUGUCGAAUGAAUACGAAAGUCUGGAUAUAAUCAGAUAUACUCCUACAUACAAUUCCACCAACACGUUGAGAAAGAAGAAGAACAGCGCGUCAUCUUGGAAUGUAAACGAUAAUUUUGUAGUUAAAAUAUGUACAGUUAGUAAAUUGAAUUGUGAUCCGAAGAAAACGUUUGAGAUUGGCGUUCAGGCCGGGAUAUUUCACGGCGGUAAAUCAUUAUGCCAGCCGAAAAGGACGAUAGACUGCUCGAUAGAUGAUAAGUACGAAUGUAAAAUAAACGCAGAUCUAGUCUUUGAUAUUCAAGUGUGCAAUAUACCGAGAAAUGCCAAGUUGUGUUUCGUCGUUUACGAGGUCAACAAAUACGCCAAGGGAACGAAAACAAAGAAAACGAAAGAUUCCUCCAAGGAGAACAAUUUUUUGAAUAACCCCUUAGCUUGGGCGAAUACGUCGGUAUACGAUUUUAAAGGUCAAUUAAAAAGCGGCGCGAUGACGCUUUACAUGUGGGCCUACUCUGAAGACAUGAAUUCUGACGAAGUGCUACAUCCUUUGGGCACUGUCGUCAGCAAUCCUAACACGGAAUAUUCCACUACACUUACGCUCUUCAUGAAGAGCUAUCUGAAAGAUCAAACCAUUCUGUACCCUUCGGUUGAAACGAUCAUCAAAAAUGUCGAUUCCAAAGACAACGAACACGAAACUGAAAAGAUCGAGGAGAUCACGACUUGUAAGAAACUAUUGAACGAAAUCGACAAUUUAUACGAAGCCCACGAUCAGGAACGUAAAAAAAUUUGGGCUCUGAAAAAUCAUUGGCGGAAAACCGAACCAGAGGUAUUACCGAAACUACUGUAUUGCAUUGAUUGGGACAAACGAGAGGAAGUUAGCGAGGUGUUGACAAUGCUCAAAAUGUGGCCUAAAUUACCCGUAGAAAAAGCGCUAGAACUGUUAGAUUACGCCUACGCUGAUCAAGAGGUUAGAAAGUUCGCUGUGGAAUGUUUGUACGACGUCAGUGACGAAGACCUAUUGUUGUAUCUUCUUCAGUUAGUGCAAGCUAUAAAACACGAGCUUUAUUUAGACUGCGAUUUAGUGAAUUUUUUAAUCAAAAGAGCGUUGUAUAAUCAACAAAUUGGGCAUUAUCUCUUCUGGCAUCUUCGCUCGGAAAUGCAAGUACCGGCAGUGUCCGUUCGCUUCGGCCUUAUCAUAGAAGCCUACUGCAGGGGUACGCAGGAGCACAUAGCCAUCCUUCAGAAACAACUCGAGUGCCUUGAUAGAUUGAAGAAGAGCAGCGACCUGGUGCGCCUGCGCAAGGACAAGGAGAAGGCCAAGGCCGCUCUGCAAUUGUUUUUGCAGGAAUCCUCUGGAGAGAUCAUUCUCAAUCAUUUGAGAAGUCCGUUGAAUCCGAUGUACAGGUGUACGAGGAUAAAAUCGGAGAAAUGCAAAGUGAUGGAUAGCAAGAUGCGGCCGCUUUGGAUAGUAUUCGAAAAUUCCGAUGUGUACGGUGAAGAUGUGUACAUUAUUUUCAAAAAUGGCGACGAUCUUCGACAGGAUAUGCUGACUCUUCAGAUGAUUAAAAUCAUGGACAGGCUGUGGAAAAGAGAAGGGUUAGAUUUGAGAAUGAAUCCGUACGGAUGCAUAUCAUUAGAGCACAGAAUCGGGAUGAUUGAGGUCGUUUUGAACGCCGAAACCAUUGCGAAUAUACAGAAAGAAAAAGGGGUGUUUACUGCCACUGCCGCUUUUAGGAAGGGACUGAUUUUAGCUUGGCUGAAGGAUCACAAUACCUCGGAAGCUGCCUUAAAUAAAGCCGUUAACGAAUUUACGCUGUCCUGUGCGGGCUAUUGUGUGGCCUCUUACGUUUUGGGUAUUGCGGAUCGACAUUCGGACAAUAUUAUGGUUAAAAAGAAUGGACAGCUGUUCCACAUCGACUUUGGUCAUAUUUUGGGGCAUUUUAAAGAAAAGUUUGGUUUUAAGAGAGAAAGAGUCCCGUUUGUUCUCACGCAUGAUUUCGUUUAUGUUAUAAACAAGGGACAAAAUUCGAAAGCGUUAGAAUUUAAAAUAUUCCAGGACUAUUGUGAAAAGGCAUUUAUGAUAUUAAGAAAGCACGGAAAUCUUUUUAUAUCGCUUUUCGCCAUGAUGAUAUCGACUGGACUGCCGGAAUUGAGUUCCGAAAAGGACCUAAACUAUUUAAGAGAAACCUUGGUGAUGAAUAAAUCGGAUGAAGAGGCCCUUCUGCAUUUCAGAUCUAAAUUCGAUGAGGCUCUAUCUAAUUCCUGGAAAACUUCGGUAAAUUGGACUACUCAUAACAUAGCUAAGAAUAAUAAAACGUAGUUUAGUAUAAUUUUUUUUCCUAUAAUUACGUUGCCAAGAUGAUAAGAAAAAAGUGCCAACAUGUAGUCGUAGAUAAUAGUUUAUUUAUACAGUAUAAUAGUUUUUUUGUAAAUAGAAUUUGCC